AUGACAAAAGAAUUAAAAGAAAAAGUCAAACCUGGUAUUAUGCCUUCUCAUUUAAAAAGAAGUAAAAGUUUGAAUGAUUUGCCUAAUUCUGCUGAAAGUGAGGAAAUUUUUGUAGAUGCUCCGGAAGAAAAUACCGAAGAACUAAAACAAAAAAUUUCUGCAUUAGAAGACCAAAUUCUCCAAUUGCGAAUUAGCAAACUCAAAGAUUUUGGUGAUUACUGGGAAAAAAAUAAAGAACUGAAAAAAGAUUUAGAAAGCAACAUUAAUUACGGAGUAAAAGAGAUAGAACGCUUGGAAAACAAACUCAAAACUAUUAACCGCAAAAAAUUAGAAUUAGAGCAAAAAUUAGGCCAAAGUCAAAGUGAAAAAGCCCGAUUAGAAAUAAA